UAAAAGCCAGUAAUAACUGAUUCAAAUAAAAACCGCAUCGAUAAAACGAACCUGUUUUAUUCCUGUCCCCUACCCCCUACGGGUACCCGACAGCACCCGGCAUCAUCAUGUCUACCCAGCUGAGCCUGCAGUGUUGUUUCCGCUGACCUGGCGCGUUUUUUGACAAACACGACAACAUGGCGAACAACAGGGAAGCAAAAAGACUCUGUAUUGAGACCAACGACGAACAGAAGACAGCAGAAAGUGUUUUUCCUGAUAUGGAAGAAGAUAAAGAUUCUAACGACUUGAAGGAAGAGGAAGGAGAUAGUGAUAACGACUCUACUAUCAGCAGUUCUAAUUCUACAAGUUCAACCACGACGUCUUCGACCGUAAACAUCAAAAGAAAUCACCCACGUGGGAAGAGAAAGAAGAAAAGAAAAAACAUCGCGUUUAGAUGCUCGAAUUUCCUCAAGGAAGAUCAUAAACUGCCAUUAUUCUCUGUCCAAUUUAACUAUUUUGUUAAAGAUGAAGAUUCUGGUCCCCAUAUCUUUGCUACAGCUGGGAGUAACAGGGUGAGUACAUCUUGUUUAUUAGUCAUUUUUAGGUUGAGGAAAAAUCUGGUUCAAGUCAGUACUGCAGGGUUUUCAAUAGAAGCAGGCAACCGGCAGAUUCCGCCCUCUACUCUUGCUACACGUAAUUUGGCCGCCUACUCAGCCAAUUCCCAAUUCUCUCACUAA